AAGGGGAUUUUGUAUUCAGAGCGAGACCGUCGAUAGAGAGACGUGACGUGCGCGACCGAGACUUUAAUGCACGCAAUUAUAAAACAUUAGCAUCGAUUGCUAUCGCUAGCCGGGAGUCGCUAGAGGCUGCGACAAGAUUGUUACGUAACUUCUAUUUGGACUACCUCAUUCGCCUUUCUUUCCUUAAUUAGAACGCAACAAAGAGACAAGGUAGCAAAAAAAAGAACGAAAAUUGAAGAGUCUAACGGCGAUACGAUCGACCGAAAACAUCCGUGGAAUAGUAUCGAUAGUCGUUCAUUUCUAGAGUCGUAAUAAAGAUUAAUAUAGUCGCGAGGGACGUACAUGCGCCUUAUCCUCUAAAAACGAGUGUCUAACGGAAGAAAGUUAAGGGAACGAUACGAUCAACUGAGAAUACCGAGGAAUCCAAUAACGGUAUCGGUUUAGCCGUUUAUUUUUACAGAUCUACGUGAAGAAAAUAAAAAGAUACGGGUCGCGUAAAAAUUGAUGAAAAACCGAUAGAUGAAAGAAGAUACAACAAAAUACACUCUCGGAGCGGAGAAGCGACCCGAACGGGUUCCGCUUCAGAAAGCGAAAGUCCUGCGAGAUAUCCUGCGCAAAAGUGCAGAAGCAACUCAUUCGAGACCAUCAUGGUGUUCACCGAAUCUUUCGCGAGCCCAACGAGAAAGAGUACGAAGUACGAGUACGGCUCUCGUAUUCGAUGCGCAUGUCCAGUGCCUUGACUACCGGGACGUCUAUACCUUCAUCGGCGUCGCGAAGCACUCGGGAAAGCGACACACAUAUCAAAGUUUUGCCGCGUAUUCGCGAUAAAGUCGCGCUUCGUCCAUCGCCGCGUGAUAUCGCCGCGCGAGAUCGGCGAGUCGCUGCCCGGUGUACGCCAAGUAUGAAAGUAAGAGAGAACAAGUACUGAGAAAAAGCGACAGAGAAAGAGAGAUAGAGAGUGCGCGAGGAGGAGAAAGAAGGAUCUCCUUCCGCACGAGAACGAACAAGAUUCGCGCGCGAAUCACGGAACUUCGGAGGCAAACGGAGGAGAAACGCGGAUGCUUAGAAAAGCAAUAUAGGAAGGAAAAAAAAAGAGAGAUCGAACCUUUUUAUUAUUAUAUAAUCGAAAAAUCGGCUGUGCUGCUAUUUUAUCAGAGCUUAACGCAUGCAUGAGCGCGCGCGCGCGCUUCGUCGGGUUUUUUAUUACCGCUCGGAAUCGGCUGUGCUGUUAAUUAAUCAGAGCUUAAUAUACUUAGCGUGUUAUCGCGUAGUGUUCGUUCGUAAGCAUCGUCCGCUCGGGGACAUCAUCAGCUGUGAGGGGGAGGGAGAGAGAGAGAAAGAGAGAAGAUAGAAACUGCAGACGGCGACUUCUUUGACUAUUUUUGCUACGUAUUUUCUGAUCGCUUGUUUACGACAACCGUUCGCCGCGAGAGAUCGAGAAGCAAAAUUCAUUUCUGACUUUGCGAGAUCAGGCUGCAAUUAGCGUGAUUUCUCUCCCGUGCCCCUCCCGUCCGAUUUUCAUCGACUGCCGCCACGGUGCCGGGUCCGACGCCGAAGGACCGACGCGAGGCGCGACGUGUCGGCUUUUGGUCGAAAUUUACGCGCUCGAUCCGCGAAACUUUGCCCAACCAUAACUCAUCGAGCAACGAAAACUCGCGCCCCUAUCACACCGUGGAAUCGAUCGCCGACACGUCGGAGACGGACAAUCUCUCGUCGUCAGCGAUCGACCGCCUGUUUGUUUCCGGACUACGCGCCGCCGAGGGAAAAACAACCCUACAUCUCGUCCCAAGGUGAGGGAGGGAAGUCGGAAUACGGUCGGUCAGCACGAGGGUGCUUCGUUUCUCGCCGCUUGCAUGUGCGCGCGUGUCCCGAAUACAUAAUUUCGGACGUAUCCGUCUAUCUGCCGACGCGGCGCGACGGUAACAACAGCAUGAGCAGCUCAUAGAAAACGAUAGUACAGGUGAAGCUCAAGAAGAGGCUCAAUGUUCUUCGGCGAUUCAAGUUCCACACGCUCGCCGCAAUUCUUAUUCUCGCUCAACGUUAUUCUCGAUAGCUCAUCGCAGGCCGCUCACAGAGACGAUUCGACCAUGUCGUUCCGCACUAUCCUGCGAAAGUGCAUCGAGAAGACGCGCCGUAUGAUCGUUCACGCGCUCAAGAGAUGAACCGCCGCCGUAUCAAUAAUCGUGAAUCGUCGCGAACGCGGAUUAUCGGCGCGCCCGUUGAAGGAUGUCGAAGCUGAUUCGUCGCUUCCGUACUUCGGGCACGGAUUGAUCGAAAAGGGGAAUUCGGAGAAACUGGAGUCGAAGGCAAUCGAGGGCGGACUUCUGCGCGGCCAUGACCAAAUACGGCUUCGCCAGGCUGGCUCUAUGGCGACCGAGACGUUCCAUGUCCUCGCAACCGUCGAACAACCAGGAAAACAACCCUCUAAUGGAGGGCGAGGGCGGCGGUGGCGGUGGCGGCCGUUCUGUGACCGGUUCCGGUGGCGGCGGUGGCGGAGGUCGUCGGGCACCGAGCCUACGGCUGGUGAACGGAAGGGCGACCACGGGGGUGAGUUUGCACACCAGCAGCACCGAAUCCGUGCGCUCUCCCCAUCACCAGCUCGGCCAGCAGAUCGGCAACAACAACUGCCACGCCAGUAACAACCCCGCCGCGAACAAUCAUCCACGGCUCAACAAAGAUGACAGCAUCAAGAUCAGCAUCGAGAACACCAACACGUGUACAGACAGUCUCGUCACUGCUCUAGACGACGAGACCCUGCUCAUCACUGAUUUCCUGGGCGACACAGGCAACGAGAUGAAUUACAAGGGCAGCGGGAAGGUCCACUUCGGGGUGGACGACGUGUCCCUCUAUGGGACGCCGAAGGAAGAGCCGGGCCCGGGCCUCCCGGGCCAGGAAGUCAAGCAGAGCUUCCUAAAGAAUCAGCUUCAGGCCCUGUUCCAGCCGACGGACAACAAGUUGGCCAUGAAGCUCUUCGGCAGCAAGAAGGCGCUUAUGAAGGAACGGAUCAGACAGAAAACCGCAGGUCACUGUGUCAUCCAUCCUUGCUCCAAUUUUCGAUUCUAUUGGGACGUCUGCAUGCUCUUCCUACUGGUAGCUAAUCUGAUAAUUCUGCCAGUCGCCAUUAGUUUUUUCAAUGACGACCUAAGCACUAGAUGGAUAGCCUUCAACUGCCUUUCCGACACGAUAUUCCUUGUAGACAUCGUCGUCAACUUCAGGACGGGUAUAAUGCAGCAGGAUAAUGCCGAACAGGUGAUACUGGAUCCGAAGUUAAUCGCGAAACACUACCUCAGGACUUGGUUCUUUCUCGACCUCAUCUCCUCCAUACCACUAGACUACAUUUUCCUCAUAUUUAAUCAAUUUCAGGACUUCAGCGAGUCCUUCCAGAUCCUGCAUGCUGGACGUGCUCUAAGGAUUCUCAGGCUUGCAAAACUGUUGUCACUCGUUAGGUUACUACGUUUAUCAAGACUGGUGCGGUAUGUCUCGCAAUGGGAAGAGGUCUAUAUCCCCCUUUAUCAACAGCCGGAGAGGCACUACGAGCGUCGGGCGACACCGCCCCAACCAGACCGAACCAGCAAGAUAUUGCAGAACCUACAAAAAAAACGCACUGAGCGGAGGGGGCGCCUAAGUUCUGACAAUAUGACUAAAAAGAAGUCCGGUUUCAGCAAAAGCGAACUUAUUUUUAAGUUCCUGAAUAUGGCGUCGGUGUUCAUGCGGAUUUUUAACCUGAUCUGUAUGAUGCUCCUAAUCGGCCACUGGAGUGGCUGUCUGCAAUUCCUGGUCCCCAUGCUUCAAGGAUUUCCCAGUAAUUCAUGGGUGGCCAUUAACGAGUUACAAGACUCGUUUUGGCUGGAACAAUACUCGUGGGCCCUCUUCAAAGCCAUGUCGCACAUGCUGUGUAUCGGGUACGGUAGGUUUCCGCCACAGUCCUUGACCGACAUGUGGCUCACCAUGCUCAGCAUGAUCAGCGGUGCGACGUGUUACGCUCUUUUCCUCGGACACGCGACAAAUCUCAUUCAAUCUCUCGAUUCCUCGAGAAGACAAUACCGCGAGAAGGUGAAACAAGUAGAGGAAUACAUGGCCUAUCGAAAAUUACCGAGAGAAAUGAGACAGAGGAUAACGGAGUACUUCGAACAUCGGUACCAAGGAAAGUUCUUCGACGAAGAGCUGAUCCUUGGAGAGCUCUCGGAAAAAUUGAGAGAAGAUGUGAUAAACUACAACUGCAGAUCGCUAGUAGCAUCCGUGCCCUUCUUCGCCAACGCCGAUUCGAAUUUCGUCUCGGAUGUCGUGACGAAACUCAGAUACGAAGUCUUCCAACCAGGUGAUAUCAUCAUUAAGGAGGGUACAAUCGGUUCGAAAAUGUACUUCAUACAAGAAGGCAUAGUCGAUAUCGUGAUGGCAAAUGGCGAAGUCGCGACCUCGUUAUCGGACGGGUCUUACUUCGGUGAAAUCUGUCUGUUGACGAACGCAAGGAGGGUAGCGUCGGUUCGAGCGGAGACCUACUGCAAUCUCUUCAGCCUCUCGGUGGACCAUUUCAACGCCGUACUGGACCAGUAUCCCCUAAUGCGCAGAACGAUGGAGAGCGUUGCCGCCGAGAGGUAUAAGCUUUGGCUAAACAAAAUCGGCAAGAAUCCUAAUCUGGUGGCUCAUCGCGAGGAAGAUCUUGGCAGCGAAUCAAAAACGAUAAAUGCCGUAGUAAAUGCGCUCGCGGAGCAGGCCGCGCAUGCCAGCGCCAGUGAGGAAUCGGUACAUAGUAUGGAGCUCAGAACGCUGCCGGCUUGCCUGUUGCCCAGACCAAAGUCUGAAAACAAUUUCGCGAGCCAAGAACUCACGAGGGAAGGACGAAGGAUCUUUCACAAGAGCGACACUUUCCACAAAGAUUCGUAUCAAUGACGACACUCGUUUUACUAGCAUAUGCAGAGAUACUAACGGCUCCAUGUUCGAAGAACGAUAGAACUUUAUCUUAUCGACCACGGGACAACUGGCGGUUUUGUGCCCGGUGCUAGGGCGAUCCUAUAGCAGCGGUCUAUACAUAGAUAUCGGCCAUGCCAGUAGUCCUUUAGCAAUCGAUUUAUAGCGCCUUCUUAUAUUAAUCUGACGGCAUUUUCGUCCAGGACCGCAAAACCGCCGAGACCGAGUCCUAUGCUCCAACUGUGAUACAGAUUCGCGUCAAAUAAAACAUCGCAAGAAUUAUAUAAAUACAUUCUUGGUGAUAUAUAAAAUUAUCAUAAAACAUAUAUCGCAAAAUAAUUUCACGAUGGAAAUGAAAGGUUUGAAGAAUAAAGGAAAAAAAACUUUUACAUUUUAGGCCCCUUUAUCUUUCAAACUUGGUUCGACUUCUUUUAUUUAAAAAGUGAGGACGAAGCAUUCCACAUAAUCGCGAAAAUUCAAUCUUUCACGAGAGGCAGAAAGAGAGAGAAAAAGAGAGAGAGAGAGAGAGAGAAAGAGAAAGAGAGAGAGGAAACAUCUGUAUCUCGGUUGGAGAACAUGGAGCCACGUUUUACGCCGCGUCUCUUCAUUGAGAAUAAUCGCCGCGUCGCAUCAGGUGCAAUAUUAAUGGAUGGACGCAGCGAAGAAUGAAGAUCUCAAAGACGACGAAGAGCAGGCCUAGAAGUUUAUAGAGAAUAUGUAGCCCACGUCGCGUGGGAAAAAAAAAUUAGGUAUAAUCCUAAGUAACAGUGUAACGAUGCGUAAUUCUCUGUGAUUUUGCAAGUUGACGUUUCGCACCUUAGGAAAGAAGAAAAAAAAACCAGUAUAAUCUACGUGAAGAAUUAGAAUGCUCUUUUUUUUAAGGCAACAACUAACAUAGAGGAAUCGUACGUCGUAAGACCAGAACAUUUCGAUUAAGUUGACGAUUUAUCUUUAGCUUCGUACUGCAUUAGAGCCGCAUAAAUAGGUGAAACGAAUAAAUGCAUAAUACUCCGUGCGGGGAAAGAAAUAGAAGAACGAAAAGAGAAACGGUAAGAUGAGUUACAGUUGUCGGUGAAAAGGCUCUUUUUCUGUUUUCAGACGCGAAAUAAGUUUGCGUUCCGUAAUCUCGCUUGUUUGAUAGAGCCUCCUUAUUUCGCUACGGUUUCAGUUCACUUCGAGAGUGUUAUAACACUAAAGCCGAGUGACGAUUAUAUGUUGCGACUCAAAUGUCGGAUAAUAUUCGAUAGACCGUCCUGGAAUACAGAAAAAUAUGAUCGGUAAGAGAGAAAUUACACGCGUAUUUGAGAAUUCGCGGACGAAUCCAGAAAAAGAGAGUAAAGGAGAGAGCUUGAGAUGCGGUAAUACGGAUUAAAUCGGUUCUACAAAUGCUACCGAGGGCCCGAAGGCUGUGUUUACUUGUUGAGAGUCUUUCGGGCCGCUGUGGUUACAUGUCAAUGAAUGAAUAUUAAGCAUAACGCGAGCAAAGUAUCUUUUUAUGAGAUGAAAACAAGAAAAAUACGCGAAUGUACUAUAAAAGAAGCUAUAAAUACUAUGUAAUAAAUUAUUAUUAUUGUUACGAUUAUUACUUGCAAUGAUUACUACACCACUACCGCAUAAUUAGGCGACUAAAUAAAUUACAAAAAAAAAAAGAUAUACAUACAUAUAUGAAGUAUUAUGCAUAGUGGUUAAAUAUCGUGUUGCAAGAUAACCUUAUAAUGUUCAGCUCUACGUGCGAAAUGGUUUUGACUAAACACCGACUAAACCGAUACUUAAGCAGUUUAUACAUCAUGAUCCCCCCGGAGCUUGAUCUAUUGUAUUCCGUUUAAAUACCGUUUUAUAAAUACCAAUAUCUUCGAGGCCAACUGAACCAUACCGAUCGAUCUCGCUUUGCGUAUUUUAUAGACGCUAAUCGGAAUCAAACAGAAUAUUUCAUUUUAAAUACCUCCUAACAGAAGAAGAUUCAGCGUAAAAAGGUUUUCGAAAGAUAAUUGUAGUACUAUUUAGUUUACAACUAUAAAACCUAACGAGCUCUUUAGUUCUUAAUCCCGAAGAGCACAAGUAACAGUUUCACUUCGCGACAUAAUGUCUCUGAAUUUCUACAAAAUUAUAACAAAGCAACCAAAAUUUAAUCAAAUUUAUUAAGAAAAUUAAUUUGUUUUUUCCGUGACAAUUUACACAUAAAAUUAAUAAAAUCAAGAAAUUUCUUUCAAACGGAGUAUGUUGAACCGUGUUGCGCUCUUCAGGAUUAAGGAAACGUCCUUUCGACAUUAGUAGGCAUGCGAUCGAACGCAGCUAUUCGCUUUUAUUUUCUCUCAGAUUCGAGAUUACGAGUGCUCCCUUCCACGUGAAAAGCAAAUCGGUCAUCCUCUACUAAAAAUAACGCCCGAAUGUUAUUUUUACUUAUAUGAUGACGAGACGACUCCAUUUUGCGGGCGCACGAUUGCAAGGAGUGAGCCGAUCGUUUUUUCUAGUUGACGCGUAUAUCGUACACGUUAUCGCGAAUACAUGUACAUAUGUCUUCACGUAAGGGUUUAGACGCGCGUUUCAUACAUAUGUAAACAUAAAACACUUACACAUGCGUGCAAGAGGGAGAGAGAGAAAGAACGAGCGAGAGAAAAUGAAAAAGAAAAAAAGUACCUAUUUUUCAUGUAAGAGAGACAUAGUUUUCUGUCAUUAUUUACAUCUUCAACACACGUCUCAUCCUAAAUAUACAUAUAUAAAUAUAUAAAUACUAUAUAAUAGCCACGAGAGAGUGUAAGGAAGAAAGAAUGCGUACGAGAGGUCAAAACAUUUCAAUGGUAGAGUAGUCGUAGACCGCAUGAUCGACGUUUUUAUAGUUUAAUCUGUACGAACGGUCUAGGAUUAAUCUGCCGGUUCGGGCCUAAGAGGUACGCAUUAAUAUAUAAAUAUUAUAAAUAAAUAAAUAUAUAUAUAUAAAAUAUUGUUACUGUGCUCCGAGACGAGUGCGAGGGAAAGAACAAAGUGAUUGACACACAAAAGAAACAGGAAGAAGCUGUACUCUUACUACCACUGCUAACUGAUAGACACUAUUUAGCUACUGUCUACUUAUGUCGAUAAAACGAUGGGAAAAGAAGGAUAAGAAGCUGCGGCAAGGAAGCGCUGUGUUAGUACUCUACUCACAUACACAUACAAGAUAUUACGUGUACAUAAUACCGUACGUAAUAUGUACGUAAGGAGAUACGCAUCUCUAUAGCGCUCUAUACGAAAGAAAAGUCGGGAGAGAAUAACUCUUUAGGAUUAAACAGAGAGAUCGUGUGACUAUUGUGAGGCGUGUGAACCUUACUUCCGUAAAUGCUAACAGACAAGAGUGAGACACUUAUUAAAUAAAAACAAAAAAAAAAGAGGUGAAUAGUUUUUGUAUUGAGUCAGGUCGCGUGUGAACAGCGGUAUAUUGAAUUUGGGGGGGAGGGGGAGACAGAGGAGUAAGGGACAGAUCCGGAAAUCGGAAAUGGAUGCAUAUAGUGUCUGUGAAUCGAUAGUAGUUGAGAAAACCGGAGAUAAAAAAACACGAGAAAAAAUCGCAGAUCUAUAUCGUUGCAAAAAAUUAACCGAAUUACGAGAGCAUUAAGCGGCUCCUAGACGCUCAAUAUCAUUGCAUAAUAUUAUUGAUUGUCUGGAGGACAUAUCGAGUUUGUUUUGAAUUGUCUAGAAAAAUAUUGGACAAUGUUAUCGGUCGUCUAGCUGCAGUGAGCACAACUGUCGUUCGAAGUUGAUUAAAGUGCGUCAAUUCAUAUAGAGCAUGCAGAAUGAGACGCCGCGAAGAGAAGGACGAGAUCGUGAACGGGUGUUUCAAAUUUCACAUAUCAAUCGUUCUGUUGAGAGACGUCGCGAAAGUAUAUGCUGGAUGCGUGAAUUGUUUUUACAGCGCGCUCGGUAAAAAUGCUUAACUAGUAUAGCGUAUCGUACUCGAUUUUUUUUCCAUUUCUUUUUAGAGAACAUUCGAUCUCGCAAUUUAUAAAGCAGACUUGAGGCUUGAGCAAAAUUUCCACGUAUCGUGCACCUUUCGAGUAUCCAUCGAGUAAUCUCACUCGUCAAACAUCGCGCUAAAUAAACAGAACGACCGUCUAAAAGUUAUCUACCCCUCGAAGUAGACUUACAAUUUCCGUUUCCGGUUUCAAGGAUCGAAAGCUGUAAGAACAAUCGACGAAGAAACAUGCGACUGUCCAAAGCUAAAUAAAACUCUAUUAGAUGAUCCGCUGUUAAGCGUUUCUCAAUAGUUCUUGCACGGUGACACGGUACCCCCGGAACAAAUUUCCGAAAAAUCCAUUUUAUUCUUACGUAUCAUUUCAUUAGAUGUUGCACACUAUCAAAUAUAACCUCAACACUGGAUAAAAUUAUCGCGAUUGAAUAUCGUCAUUUUAACGAUUUUGGCAAAUGUAAACGUGUCAUUUUAAAAUCCGCUAACAUUGCCCGUUUUUCUAAAGCCGUUGAAAAUCAAAUGUGAUUGAAACAACGAAUUAUGCACACAUCAGAGCUCGCGCGUGCGAUAAUUCUUGUAUAAUAUUAAAUAGAAGUGUAAUCACGUAGAUCUUAACAGUUGCUCGAACGCAAUGGUGUUAUCACAGGUCACGAUUUUUUUUUCCUCUUUCAAGGAAUCAUUCGCAAUCGGAAGAGCAGUAGAUAAUCCUUCGCCGAACGUCGCGUCGCAUUAAACGACCGUCAUAGAAUUUACAUCAUAUCUGUUUCGAUAAUGUCUGGCUGCGUAAUGAGAAUUUUACAUGAAAAAUUACUAUCUAUUACUAACAAAUUUUCGAUUUUUAUGCUCUCCUUAAAUCUCUUUGAAUAUCGUGACACCGUGUGAAAGCUAGGGCAGCUAACUGGGAAACCUGCGUAGUACGCCUUGUAAAAAAAAAAAAAUAAUAAAAUGAAGAAAACAUUACCCUAGCGUCAAUUUUCUACGAAAGAGAGUUUUCUACAGGGUUCACACCAUGAGCGGGAAUUCGAUGUCGUGCUUAUGGUAUGAAUAUGUAUGUACGCUGUUGCGGCGCUGAUAUGAAUCUACCGACGUUUUUUCUAUUACACGUUAUUGCGUUUGUAAUUAUACGAUCGUUUUUUCGAGCGUGCGAAGGAAAGCAGACUACAGCGGGGAGCGCAUUAUCAGUUAAUAGUGAGUGCUUGCUAGAGAUCGAUUGGACGGAUGCGAGAAGACACUUCAAAUGAGAUGCUUCGAUUUUUCUACGCGACUUUUCGCUUCCGUUUCUUUAGCGACUCGAAGAUUUACUUGGCGUUUCGUAAAAUAAAAUUUUUCGGGAAAUUUAGCUGCAGAGAUCGUACGAAAAUUUGGAUGAAAUACAUGGCAGAGUAGGAGUGCUACGGUUUUAUAGACAAGUACAUUGCCGAUAUCUUUCACGAGGCUAAUGGUGUAGCUUGUACAAUAGUACUCCCGCAAAUAUCUAACGAUUAUUUGAGGAUGUUAAUAUUAAUAAUGUUAAAAGAAUCGAACUCUUUCAUUGAAUACAUGAAAAGUAAACGAGUUUAUGUGACAAAUUUACUCGAAUUUAAGUAGAAAUUUAUAUUUAAAAUUGCACUAGUAAUUCGAAUUCGCGAACGAUUGCUUUAAUUGAUGCUACACCAUUACUCGCAAAAGAUCUUCCAUGUGCCAUAAGAAUAAAAAGUAAUAAUAAUGAAUAAACGUGCGGAUUAUGCCGUUCUACGCUGCUGUGCGUAUUUCAUUAAGGUCAGCUCAUGCUGUGAGUAAGCAAUAAUUAAUAGCAAGCAUUUAAUUAAUUCGAACGAGGAAAUCAAUCGGACCUUCAGCUAAUAACGCUUGGUAUGUACGAAUAUCUCAAGCUAUCGUACGACAUCUCGGAGAUGCAGUUGCACCUCGUUAGGCGCGUCACUCUCUAUAUCGAGUGGAAGUUAAUAGCCCGUACGCGUUCUGGCCGAAGGAACACACACUCGUGCUUUUCGAGAUCUGUAACUUCUUCUCGUUUCGCGAUUUACGUAGCGAUUUGCAAUUCGGUAUACUUUACUAACGGGAUAAUUAGGCGUACCAAGUCUAGACGGAGAAACUGCAUGCGAUUAGGUGAAAAAAAUUAGCGCGGGCCGCGAAUGUGCAAGCCGCAUACCUAUCUAUAUAUAUAUAUAAAUAUAAAUAUAUAUAAAUAUAAAUUCGAAUCGAGGUCACACUUCUUUUCUAAUGGGGCCGUCGUUUCUUUUUAAAAACCGAUUCGAUCCUAGCCUGGCUAUAUUAUAUAUAUUUAGGGAAUUAACCGGCCGACUAUACUUUUAUAAAGUGUACGAGAAGUAUUUCACGCGCGUAUUUAGACAUCGGCACCUUUAAAAUAUACUUGCCAUAACGAAUGCCUUAGCAAAAUGUUACUGUAUAAUUGAGGUACCACGGGAGAGAAGGUAUAUAAAAAUAAGUAUACAUGUCAUACGCAUGGCACACGUACAUACACACGGUAUAUACACACAUAAAAAGCCAUACACUCAAACAAACACACAAAUAGGCAAAUGAGUCAAAAAAGCCAAUGCACAUCAAACAUAAGUAGAAAACAUAAGUAGAAGAGAGAGUACCUACAUUCACCGCGUGCACGCAUAAGAUAUACCGUGAUCGCGAUCGGUCGCGAUAGAUAUUAUACGUGUAAUCACGUUAACAAAUAACCGAUAGAAGUUGAACAAUCACUCGAAAGCAGUGUACGCGAGACUUCUCAGAAGCGCACGAAAAAAUACAAGUAAGGGAUGAGGGUGCAAAGUGAGAGUAUAUAAUUAAAUGUAUUAUAUUAAGAUUGAAUUACUUCUUAGUGAGUGAAAGAGCGAUCAUUAAUCAUGUACAUACCAUCGAUAGCAAUACUCAACUUCGCCCGUCCAUUCAGUUUCUACGUCAUACGUUUCGCGUAGGAAAGCUGAAUUUUAAUUUAUCUAUUAUUAAACUUUAGAGUUCAUCUCUUAAACAAAAAGAAGUCGGAGAGAAAAAAGUCAACGUAAAAAUACUGUAAACUAAUUUCUUUCUAACCUUUUUUAUUUUAAACGUCGUCAUGCCUUGACACAUGUGCCAUAUGGAAAAGAGGAACCAUAAAAUGUUUAGAUAUUAAAGAAUAUAGCACGGAAAUUCUUAAUAUAAAACAAAUUUUUGAAAAAAUCUAAGUGAUUUGCACUUAAAUAAUUUUUUUCUCAUAAUCGUAAAAUGGCAGUUUUGAAGAAAUCUGAAAAUUGAUUAAGAAAUAUAAAAAUCAUUAGUUAUACUGUAUAAUUGCAAUAAAAAAUUAUUUUUCGCGAUCUUUAAUUGAUAAUGUCAAAGUAAUUUGCAUUGAAAAUAUUCGCGCGCAUAUUUCAUAUCAUAUUUUUAUCUAGCGGCAUUACACGCUCGAUACGAGUAAAUAAACGAAUAUCUCUCGUUUAGUUUCGUCAUCAAUAUCGCGUUUGCAAUUAUUUCUUUCUCAGGCGUGUGAUUAAGCAAAUACUAAAUCAAUACGAUGCCAAUCGAUUAAAGCGAUUUUCCCCCAAACAAUACUCAAAUAUAAGAUUCAAAUUCUGUCAACGCACUCUUCGUGAUUCGGUAUUAUCAAUUCAUUUCGAUAUUACUAGUUGUUGAAACUCGGCCACUUAUAAAUCAAAUUAUUAAUAAUGACAUACUAUUUAAGAUAUCAUACAUUCUGCAGCAAUAUAUUUUAUGACCAUUUAUUCGAAAGCGUUCUUAGUUUUUUAUCUGAAAAAAAAAGAACGUCUUUUUUUUUAGUGCAUAUCGUCACAUAUUGUGUCCUGCCUGCCGACGAAAUUAUACAUGCAUUUCUGCAUGUAUAACAUUCGGGUACAGCACGACGAGCGCGAAAUGCAUCAUGUACACGUACACAAACACAUAUACACACGUACACAUGCAUACUCCGAGAUUUCAUACAGUAUCACACUAGCGACUAACUAGUUGAAGAACUAUGUAUAAGAAAAUGAGAGUAAAAAAAAAAACAAUAUCAAGUAUCAAAGGUCAAUGGCAAAAUAGUUGAGACUAUAGCUUCGUGGCGAGGAAAACAAUUAUUUUCUAUGCUAUUAUUUAAUCACUGAUAAUGUAAUCUAUGUUAAAUAUGUCCGUGCGUAUGCGUGUACAUUGCAAUACGUCCUCGUGUGCUUAACGAAGCUUUAUGAAACUCUACAUAGAAACAUAGAUGUCCAAAACGCACGAUUACGACGACUAUAUAUUUCUAAUCGAACUACUAUUCUAUGUCUCGAACUACUUCUCGUUGGAGAUUAUUUUCCAAUUACCGCUAUAGCGAAUACCGCAUUAAACGGACGUGUUGCCGACGUACACGGACGCCCGGACAGACGUGUACAUAUAUAUAGAAUGAAUUGCAAAUAAAAUAUUACAAAGCGACACGCGUUCUACCAGUGAAGUCAAUCGCGAUAAAUCGUAUAAGUAGCGGAGAGAACAAUUUCAAGAGAAACAAGUAUUAAGGCUAAUCACGUAGUGGGAAAAAGUAACGACGUCUCUAUGCUGAAGUCGGCGAAAAUAAGGCAAACGUUUGUAUAUUUCGUCAAUAGAUUUCCACAUGCAUUUACAACGCGACUAACGUAAACGCCUGUGAAUACAUUACUCUGAUUUAUCGGUCGUGAUGAGUUACUGGCGAGUGUUAAAAUUAGAAUUUCAAUCGGCGUUAAUUCGACGAAUCGAUAAUCUUUGUGAUGAAUACUUUACAAAAAAAAAAAGAGUUUGCGUUAUCGCAUAAUAAGAGGUAAAUGCGAAAGAAAAGCAUCAAAUGAAAUGUAAAAAUUAAAAAGAUCUACAUAACACUUUCCUUGCAAGAGAUAUGAUGACGUAUUUGUAAAAAAAUUUAAACAAUAGCAUUUCUGGGAUUGUCCUUGUUUCUAGACAGCACUUGUAUGCUGAUAAAAAUGUUUACUUUCGUAAUAAUCAUUAAUGAACAGAUAUUAAUAUAAUUUAGUGCCUUCGCUGCUAUUUAUUCUAAGAAUAAAUACUUUGGUGCAAUUAGUAUAGCCUGUUCAAGAAACUGAUUUCUCCUCAUACCAUCCUAUGACUCAUGUAAAGAUUUCUUGGAUGUGGGUGUAUUAUACUGUAUUACAAUUUCGUGCGUAGGUUUUUCUACCUAAAUAAUAGUAACAACAUAGAAGAAACUUUAUUUUCUGUAGUAUAACAAAAACGCGCGAGAUAAAUACCUAAGAUAAUUAAUGUAAAAGUGUCUUCUACUAAUUCUUCUUCUAAUUUAGUUCGAUUCUUAACAGAACUAAAAAACACAUUUAAACUUUCAACAUCAAUAAAUGCUCUAAAAUCUGGAUAUACUUCAAUUUAACAUGCACUACAAAACAAAUUGCAAAUAUUUUAAUUUUUAAAAUUGUAUUAAAUUUUCACAUACAUAUUUACUUAUUUUUUUAAACAUAAAUUAUAUAAUUAUAUAACUUGACUUUGAACUGAGUGUUUUUGAGUUACAAAUAAGAUGCAUCUGCGUAUCCUUCUUAAAAAUUUGAUGGGAAGUAUGCAGCAAGUAUGUGAAAUAAUUAAAUUCAGAAUAUCUCUGCGCACAUUUCUUCGUGUUUAUCAAAUAAAUUUCCUCGCAGAAAAUGAGACGGUUACGUCAAAGCUGGCAAUCAAUAAUGAUAUAUAUAAUACUUGUCAUAACAGCGAACUACGAUUAUCAUCGUGAUAUAUCGCAAAAUACGCCAAUAUUGAUUGCGUUGCGGACUAUCACGAAACAAAAAAUAUAAUAUCAGUUCCAGGAUUCUCUUUCAUCCUAAGUUUAGUUAUGUACACCAUCGAAAUUGUAUACAGUAAUAUUGUUACAUUUCAUGGCACAUUAAUUCUAAGAUUUUCUUAAAUAAAGGUAACGAUCUUCUUAAAUAUUGACUUCCAUAGAAAGUAUUACGUUAACGCUACAUUUUACGUUAUAUUUCACCAAGAAAAAUUCUCUUAAAGAAUUAUUUCAAUCCAAAUUUAAUUGCAUAAUCGCUAUGAAACAGCAAAUUUUUCUCGAACUGAUAGUAAUAUAAAAUCAUGGAUACAUCGCUUUUUUACGCAUUGAAAAGCGUUUCAUUAAUGCAUUCGAGUUUGUCUUCUUUCAGAUUCGGAUUUCGAUAGCAUCGCUUGCUGAGGACCAUGCAUUCACAUGUCCAUAAACGUCGAUCAAUUUUGUAAAAAUUGAGAUUUAUUGAAAACAACAGAAAACAUAACAAAAAAUUAGGAUUAUGUAGAUCUCUUUGAGUCAUCCUUAAAGAUGAUAAUUUCAUGUAAAAUAUACAAUUAUGUUGAAAUGUCAAUUUAUCUAAUUUUUUUAUUUAACUUGAACAUUCAUACUUAAAAAUCUAUUUCAAAUUAAAUUAUUUCUUUAUUUUAUUUUUACUUUAGUAGCAAAUAAUAAAUCAAACUAAUUAGUUUGGAAAAAUUUACGUCAUAAUGAAUGAAUCCAUGGUCUUUGGAUUGCGAAGGUCGAACAAUCCUAUAAAAAAAAAAGCCGCUCCAGAUAAGAACGCGACUACGAUUCAGCGAUCGGUUAAGUGUUCACUUAUUCGCGACCUUUAUAAAAUGAAAGAUUGUUACGCAUACGAUUUGCAGCUUUGGAAACGAGAGUGCCGAAUACUACGUGUGUAUUAGUGAAUUAUGCGAUACUCUGACGAGGACGAUCAAGACGACGACGGCAACAAGGACGAAAACGUCAAACUAGUUUAUUGUAAAUUAUCGCUCACGAGAAACGAGAACGAAUGGGAAUUGAGUACCUAUGUACAUUGAAUAUACAUAUGGGUAUAUAUCCGCGUGUACAGUCGAAGCCCAAUGUAGUAUGUAAAUAAGCCAAGCGGACAAUACAUGAAAGAGAGAAAGAGAGCGAGAGCGAGAGAGUGCGGUGAUGAGAAAAUAGAAACAAAAAUUGGAAAAAAAAGGGACCGAGUGAUGUCGCGCGUUGAAAUAGAAGCCGGCAGGGUUCGCAGAGGAGAAAGCUUUCGAUUCCAGGCACACAAACAAGAUUAAUUAACUUGCAGUGUUAACAAGCGUCGUGACAAAUGAUCGUGGAUUGAUGAUAUAGCGUUAUAUAAUACCAACCUCUCGUCUCGGGCGAGACUUUUCUCCACGUGCGAACGCGAGCCGACCCCUGUUGACGGUGGGUUAAAAAACAAAAAAAUAAAAAAAAAAACUUUAUUACAGCCACUUGAAGGAAGAAUUGAACGACCGUGUUCGUAACUUAAACAAAACUUAAACGGCCGGCCGGCCGCUAAUCGAUCGGUAGGCUUUAGAACCCUCAGUCUAAUUAAUUAACGCAAAUAUAUGCAUCAACGUCGCGUCGAGUCGAUAAAAUUGGCAUCAACUGCUCCGCUAAAAUAUCGAUGCAUCGAGAGAAAAAAAAAAGAAGAUAGACUUGAAUCCCUACCGAUGGGUGCACACUUCGAUAUUUCAUUACGGGCUCAACCUACAAAGUGCGAAGCGCGCGAUAGCCGGUAUUUUAACAGAACUCUCACGUUUCGCGCCGCUACUGUGCCCCAUUCAUUCAAUCUUAAUCAACAGCGAAGGCGUUUAUCGAUUUUACACAAUGUAGGUAUCUUAAUACAUAGGCGUAUACAUACUAUUGCGACGCGUAAGUCAGUCGACAUAUACAUAGGACGCGGCCAAGACAUAUGGCGGGCAUAUACAACAAAGUGAUAUCUGUAAUGAAACGACUGUAUACAUAUGUAUUGAGAAGAAAGAAUUAUAUCGUAUGUUGAUGACAUUAA